AGCACCGCGAGGCCAGCUGGGGGCCGGCCAGACAGCUCCCGGAGGGCAGAGGCCUGGGGGGCCCGUGCUCCCAGCCCAGCCCAUUCCUGCCCUCACCAGGCCCAGCCAAGAGGAAGUCCCGAGACCCGGGCAGGGUUGGGGGCACGGGUUUCCCAGGGCCCACCAGCCUGAGCAGGAAGUUGGCCAGGGCUCGGCCCAUUAGUUGAGCAAACAGCACGUUCUCAGGAGGACAGGGCGGGUGCGGCCCAGCCCUGGGGAGGGAGGAGACGGGGUAUAUAGUCCCAGGGCCAGACUCCGGGGAGCGUGUCUGGUGCAGGAGCAUCCGCGGAGCCCGCCGCCAUGAAGCUCGCCGCUGCCUUCCUGGUGCUUGGCGUGGCCCUGCUCAGCCAGCGCACUGCAGCCUUCCUCGUGAACCUGGCGGCCAAGCCCUCGGUCCCGAGCCCGGCCGCCCUGGCGCCUGCCCUGGACGGCGUGGCCGGGGCCGCCGGGGCCGCCGCCGACGGUGUGGCCGGGGCUGCGUCCUCCUCCUACUUCAAGGGCUUCCACCCCCUGAGGUUCAUCCUGGCCAGCAUGGGCAUCUCCGUGGACAAGCUGGUGGAGGGCUCCAGGAAGUGUGUGACCGAGCUGGGCCCCGACGCCGUGGGGGCCGUGAAGACGCUCCUGAUUACCAAAAACGAAGUUCAGCCAAAAACAAGUGCUGGCAAAGGAAGAACUCGCUCCCAAAAUGGAGGGCAGGUGGGAACACACACUGUGGACGGGCGAAGCGAUCCGCAGGAGCAGCGGGUACUGCCCCACACCCAGCAAGUCCAACCUCAGGGGCACCUGCCAGAACGUUCAGAUGGAAUGGCCUGUAAGGGGCCAGGGGAGGAAGAGAACUAUAACUCAGAUAUACUUGCAGAGAAGAAUGGAUGAAUAUAUUUUGAAAUAUUCACAUACAAUAAUGAA